UGGCAGGAGAGGGUGGAGGCAAUGAGCAAAGGAUCGACCCCUUGGCGUUGCUCCAAGCCGACCCCUUACACACCGGGGACGUGCGAACUGCUGAGAGUGAUGAUGAAAGAAUCCAAGCUGACUAACUUCCAACAGCGGCACAUCACAGACACCCUGAAAAGAGGAGACACGUUACCCCUGCAAUGCAGCCCCACAUCCAGCCAGCGGGGCUCGCCUGGGAGGCAGCCACUGCCGGCACCAGCUAUCUACCUGCCUCCCAUCCUAGCUGCCCGCUCCCACCUGAGGCCUGUCAGCCUGUGCCAAGCCAACGGGGCCUACAGCCGGGAGCAGUUCAAGCCACAGGCCACCCGAGACCUGGAGAAGGAGAAACUUAGACUCCAGAACAUCUUUGCCACUGGGAAGGACACAGAGGAACCAAGAAGGAAGGCUCGUCCCAUGCGGCAGAAGGACCCAGCCCCUGAGCCGGACCGUUUCGAGGAAUUGGUACGGGAGAUCCAGGACAGGAAGGAGUUCCUGGCUGCCAUGGAGGCCCUGGGCCAAGGCCGGCAGUACCGAGCACUCAUCCUUGCCGAGAUCUCCCAGAAAAUACGGGAGAUGGAAGACAUUGACCGCAAGAGGAGUGAGGAACUCAGCAAAGCUGUUGACAUCGCUUAA